GCCCGAGUAGCCAGUGGAAAACGGCCCGGGAAGGUGCCUGAGCCGCACAGCUUCAAGGAGAAGGUAUUCAAGAAGAAGAAAAAGGCAUGUGUGGUGUGCAAGGAAUCCAUCGAGUCCCAGGGCCUUGUCUGCAAAGUGUGCAAAGUGGCAAGCCACAAGAAAUGCGAAGGCAAGGUCCCAUCCUCCUGCCAGCCGCUUCCUCCACCUGAACUGAGACGGAAUACGGCCCCAGUCCGGCGCAUUGAGCAUUUGGGUUCCACCAAGUCCCUCAACACUGCAAGACAACGUAACACAUUACCCAGGAGCUUCAGCCUGGACCACGUGAUGGAGCGCAAGUAUGACUUUGACCUCACCUACAUCACCGAGCGCAUCAUCUCCGUCUUCUUCCCCCCUGCCUUGGAGGAGCAGCGUUACCGCAGCAACCUCAGGGAGGUGGCUCAGAUGCUGAAAUCCAAGCAUGAGGACAAAUAUAUGCUCUUCAACCUGUCAGAGAAACGGCAUGACAUCCUCCGGCUGAACCCCAAGGUUCAGGAUUUUGGGUGGCCGCACCUACACGCCCCACCACUGGACAAAAUCUGCUCCAUUUGCAAAGCCAUGGAGACCUGGCUGAAUUCAGACCCGCAGCAUGUGGUUGUGCUUCACUGCAAGGGCAACAAGGGGAAAACAGGGGUGAUCGUGGCCGCCUACAUGUACUACAGCAAAAUCUCUGCAAGUGCGGACCAAGCCCUCAGCACGCUAACCAUGCGCAAGUUCUGCGAGGACAAGGUGGCGGCAUCCUUGCAACCCUCCCAGAAGAGGUACAUCCAUUAUUUCAGCGGGCUGCUUUCAGGCACUAUCAAGAUGAACAGCAACACCCUCUUCCUGCAUCACGUCUUGCUCCCGGCUAUUCCUGCCUUUGAGGCUGGAGGAGGCUAUCAACCUUUCCUGAAGAUCUAUCAGUCCAUGCAGCUGGUCUAUACCUCGGGGAUCUACAGCCUGCAUGGUACCGGUGGGUCUCAGAAGCUCUGCAUCACUCUGGAGCCAGCUUUACUCCUGAAGGGGGAUGUCAUGGUGAAAUGCUAUCACAAGCAGCUCCAGGGAGCGGAGCGGGAUGUCGUAUUCCGAGUCCAGUUCCAUACCUGUACCAUCCACAGCACGCAACUUUGGUUUAGCAAAGACGAGCUGGACGAAGCCUGGAGAGAUGAACGUUUCCCUUUCGAAGCGAGUGUGGAGUUUGUUUUCUCUUCCAGCCCAGAGAAACUGAAAGGCCGGGAGACCUAUAGGAACAAUGCCGCGACUACGAUAGAUUACAACAUCUCUGACCCUAUCGUGAGGUGGGACUCCUACGAGCACUUCAACUUGCACCACGAAGACAGCCUGGAAGAUGUCUCGCACACCCGGGGCCCGCUCGACGGCAGCCUCUACGCCAGGAUCAAGAAGAAAUGCGACCUUAGCGACUUCUCUUCUAGCAACGGCAGCCCCAGCAGCCCCGAGUCCCCUCCCCAGCAAGGAGGGCGCCUCCUUUCCAUCAGCAGCGACUCGGGGCACUCCUCCAUGCUGACCGAGAAGGCGGACGACCACACGCCACUGUCCAGGCUCCAGCCCACGCUUGCCGAGAAGGAGGAACUGGACAGGCUGCUGGGCGGCUUUGGCGUCCAGCCUCCGCCCCGGCAGCUGUGCGAGGGGGACGGUCCUCAUGACGUUCCCCCCUCCGCCGCCGCCCCCAAGGAGAGGGAGACGGCCAUUUUGGAAGACGAGCUGCCCGACGUCGGUCCCCCCGGACCCCACUUCUCCUACCAAACUCAGCGCCCGGGCCUGGCCCGCCACUGUUCCUGUCGCCUCGGAUACCGCUCCCACAGCCCCGAGAGGGCUCACCCCGUGGCCUAUUACAGGCCAGACGGCACUUUGGAGCGGCGACCGCCGAUCUACAACGGCGGGCACUCCCACCUGCCCCCUGAGGGGUACGAAGAGAAGCAGAGGGUGUACCGCUCGCUGUCUGAGGGCAUACAACCCCACUCGUACCCCUUCGGCCACGAACCGCUGCCCCCUCACAGUCCUGGCCGGCGGGACCACGAGGAGCUCAUGAUCUUGGAGGACCCGCCCACUUUCAUAUGCCCUUGCCAGGAUUGCCAAGAGGCUGCCCGCGAAGAGGCGCGGGUGCCCACGGCUUCUUUCUACGGCCUGCGCCUAGACCGGGAGGCAGAACUGUGGGGGGUGGAAAACCCGAGGCCGUCCCUCCUCCACCACCCCCUUCAUCGGGGCGGUCAGCCCGUGCCUCUCCUUAUGCCAGCUGCCUACGGGCACCACCACUUGCCCCGCGGGCAACACCAGGCUUUUAACUUUGAGCCCAAAGUGGUGGCGCCGCACCUCAGCCACGGUUACCCCACCCACCAGAGGGCAAAGGCCAUGGAAGAGACCGCAGAACCGUUUGCCUAUCACCGCUACGGUCCCGCUUAUCCUCCGGUCGCGCCGUACACCUAUGGCAGAGCCCCGCCCAAGGCCUGCGUUUCCCUUUAUGCCUCGGGGUACUCAGGGUCUCCCCACUCAGGUUCCAUUUCGCCAACCAGCCCGAUGUAUCCAGCGGCCAGGAAGCAUGGGUAUGAGCCCCUGGAGAGCGGCGAAGGGUACCUUCUGCCAGGACAUCCAGAAAGGCCACGUGAGCUGCAAGAGUGCAGAGAGGCCGUGCCCUGGCAAGAGGCUCCCGGCCCCCUUCUGCAGCACCUGCAGGAGGGACGAGCUACCUGCGCAGAUGUGUCUGGCCCGCCCAUGCACACCAGCAGCCCAGUAUUCAACAAUGACAGCCCUGGAGCACGCAAGCCCGGCAACACAGUCGCCAACCCACCUGAAGCCACGCCUCAGUCCAGCCCGGAAGAGCUGGCUCCCCCCGGCUGGAAAAGAGGCCCGGAGAAAACGGCCUCCCCUAGCAGCCCCACGCAGACUCCGCCACCGAUGCAGACGUUCACCCACCUCCCCGCCUUCAAGCCCCAAGCUAACGGGACCUCCCUGAGGCUAGGCCUCCAGUCGCCGCAACCGGGCUACCGGGUUCACCUCCCGUCCAGCCCGCCACACGCCACCCCCUCGCCGAAACACGGCAUCCCGCAAGAGGCCCAGCCGCACCAAAACGGGUCGGAAACGUUCGGCACUCCCCCGGCGGCAACCUCCCGCGAGCGGUCAGGGGAAGACAAGCUAGGGCACCAAGCGGGCCCUGUCGUGGAGAGACCUGUGGCCCAGAGGGGCAGCCCGGUGGUUCCCUGCCACGGCCAGCCCCCUCCUAGCUGCCGAACGGUGUCCAGCGCGCCGGCGUCACCGCAGAGCCCCGUGGCCUAUAACGGCCGCCCACACAACGAGAGAACCGGGCCUGAGAUGGGCACCCUUCCCCGUUGCCCCAACAGCACCCCUUCUCUGGGGCCCUGCUCGGUCAGCAUCCAGCCGCCAGCCCUCGGCUGCGGGUUGACCGACACGCAGGGCUCUCCGACCCCAGCCUUCCCCAUCGCGACGGCCUACUACACAGGGGCGGAGAGUAGCCCCUCCGGCAGGGAUCACCCCUGCGAACCGCCGCAACCUCCCCUGCCUGAGAAGCAUCACACGCUGGCGGCCAGGAACUGGGAGAGGACUUCGCCGCCCGGUCGCAGCCCCGGCUCUGCUCAUCAUGUCACCUUUGCGCCUGGCGUACCUGACAGCGUUACCUCUGCAUCAGAGAGCCAGCCACAGCAAGAGAACCAGGGGAACGUCAAAUUUGUCCAAGACACAUCCAAGUUCUGGUACAAGCCUCAUUUGUCCCGGGACCAAGCUAUAGCCCUCCUCAAGGACAAGGAACCUGGCACCUUCCUCAUCCGGGACAGCAAUUCCUUCCAGGGGGCCUACGGGCUGGCCCUGAAAGUGGCGACCCCUCCCCCUAACAGCAUCAACCACUCCACCAAAGGAGACCCUGCUGAGCAGCUGGUGCGUCACUUCCUGAUCGAGACCGGGCCCAAGGGGGUGAAGAUCAAGGGCUGCAACAACGAACCCCAUUUUGGCAGCUUGCCGGCCCUGGUAUCCCAGCAUUCGAUCACGCCCAUCUCAUUGCCAUGCCGACUCCGCAUCCCAAACAAAGAUCUUGUGUUGGAGAGCCCAGAGCUGGCUGUUCCGACCAACAUGAGCACAGCUGCAGACUUGCUGAAGCAGGGAGCAGCCUGCAGCGUGCUGUACCUGAGCUCUGUGGAAACGGAGUCCUUGACUGGUCCACAGGCCGUGGCCAAGGCAGCCACCAGCACUCUGAGCGCCACUCCCCGCGCUUCGGCCUGCGUUGUGCACUUCAAGGUGUCAGUCCAGGGCAUCACGCUCACAGAUAACCAGAGGAAGUUGUUUUUCCGGCGUCAUUAUCCUGUCGGCAGCGUCACCUUCUGCAGCACGGACCCUCAAGACCGCAGGUGGGCAAAUCCUGAUGGCACCACAUCCAAGAUCUUCGGCUUCGUGGCCAAGAAGCAGGGCAGCCCGUGCGAGAACAUCUGCCACCUCUUUGCAGAGCUCGACCCCGAGCAGCCGGCCUCGGCCAUCGUCAACUUCGUCACCAAGGUCAUGCUGGGGACGCACCGGCGAUAAAAGGGG